AUGGCACCCAACACAAACCCAGUUAAUAGAUCACACGCGAGCCAGUGGCAGGGUACAAUGUCUGAACAAGAGCGUAUACAGGAAUGUCUAAGGAAGGAAAUAAGGUCACUUCUCAUUUCCACCAAAGAUGGUUUGACCUCACAGCAAUUAGAAAAGGAGUACCUUUUGAUGGUUGGCAACCAUCUACCACUACGGAUCCUUGGGUAUCGGUCCACUAUGGAGCUGGUGUUGGACAUGCCUGAUGUUGUUAGUGUCUGCCACUGUAGGGAUGGUACUACAAUACUGAAAGCCAUUCCAGAUGAAUCCACCAAAGGCAUAGCAAGUUUAGUUGCAAAACAGAGGAGCAGCCAUAAGGUUCGAAACUCCAUGCAGAAGGGAAGGGCAGGUGUUUGCUCUGGGCCAAGCUCUCAAAGGCGGGUACCUUACCGAGGAAGCAUGCCCCCUGUUCUUCCAGCUGUUGUGAAGAGUGAGUUGAAAGACCUCUUGGCAUUAUCUCCUGUUCUCCUUUCUGAUUUUGAAAAGGCAUUUGCCAAGCGAUUUGGACGAUCAUUCCAAUAUGUGCAAUAUGGAUUCUUCUCUAUGUUUGAAGUGCUGAAUGCAGCUUCAGAUGUCAUUUCUGUAGUGCAGACCAGAGCAGGUUCUCUGUUGAUGCUAAAGAAGAGUGUAUCAGAGGAAAGAGGAUGGCCAGCAGGUAAAAAUUUUACCCAGCCAUUGAGAAUGAAACACGAAGGGUCAUAUUCCACAGGCUCCCCAGUAGAAAAAGCAAGCUUUUCACAACCCACUUCAAACAUGGAAGCACCAAAGCAAAUGUUGAACACGGAGAACACUUCCAGGUUAAAUGCAGUGGAGACUUCUAGGCUGAAUCACACUGAAAAAUUAAACCAG